UUAUUUCCCUCUUUUCUAUCACGCAGAUUGACAGAAACUGCAAACAGAUACAUCGCAACUGCAAAAGAUGGACGACGACAACAAGGGCUUGCUGUGGAAGCUUCCGCUGGUCAAGUCCGACCAAUUCGGCAAGUUGGGCCCCGCCUUUGGCAUCGGCGCCGGCUGCGGCCUUGGUUUCGGCGCUGGCGUUCUCGGAGGAGUGGGUUUUGGCCCUGGAAUUCCUGGUUUACAGGUUGGUGUUGGAUUUGGUGCUGGAUGUGGUGUUGGUUUAGGGUUUGGCUAUGGUGUGGGGAAAGGAAUUGCACAAGAUGAAAACAAGAAGUACUCUAAUGUUGGAAAUCCUUUUCGUGGAGCUAGAAGCAUAUCUGAGGAUGAUAUUUCUGCACUUGUGGACGACCUUGUCAUCAAUACUAAAAAGCUUAUCAAGGCAACAUCAAAAGAAUUUGACAAGUGGAGAAGAUAAUGGAAGAAGCCAUUGAAGUACAUUUGUAUAAAGUAUAAAGAAAAAACUCUCUACUAGUAUAUUCAAUUCUAUAUGUUAAUUCAUGGCAAACUCUGCAUAUUCAAACUCGUAGAAGUACACGAGAUACUAAAUUUUCAUAUGAAUACUUAGCGGGGCUAUUAUUGAAUUCUGCCAAUGUUUAACUGGGGUAUGAAAUUGAAUGCCAGAAUAUUGUGAAGUAA